AUGAACACAAUCUGCGAACACAAGCUGCAAAAACAAACUACCGCCAAGCUGUUCGCCAACACCAAGUCCUACGCCAUGACACUCCUCGCCACGAGCCUCCUUGGAAUUCUUGCCGAGGAGGCGCAGUGCGAGACUCCAUAUGACAGCCCUCACACAGCUGAUCUCACAGUUGCGAUUAACAAGGUCGGCAAUUGGGAAUUUCCUCUUUGCGAGAACUACAGCACCGGUAGCAGCCGUUGCCAAACACUGGAAUUCUACAAGACGGCCAAAGCCAUUCUCUGCAGCAAACCGUCCCGUCCUACCUGUGUCGAGGUCUCUGGUUUGGCUGGAGCCAUCCAGAAUAAAUGCGUGACGGCCGUCCAGGUCGGUGGCUGGAUUUACGGCAGUUCUACCGACUGUUGGGUCGAAGGAUUGUUCAUGGUCCAUAAGUAG